AUGGGUCACGACAACAUCUGGAAUUCUCAUCCCAAGAAGUACGGUCCAGGAUCUCGCACCUGCCGUGUGUGUGGAAACUCUCAUGGUUUAAUCAGGAAGUAUGCUCUUAACUGCUGUAGACAGUGUUUCCGUAGCAACGCCAAGGAAAUCGGAUUCAUUAAGUACCGUUAA